AUGGCGGGCGCCAGCUUGGAUUGGGCUGGGAAGCCCAACGCCGAUCUCGUGCUAUCUUCGGAUGAGGAGGACUUUGUUACUAGUCAAAGCACUGCUUCAAGAGAGUUUGAAGGUGCUACAAGGCCUAAUCUUACACUGGCUUUGGGGAAGUUGCGAUUGGAACAAGAGGACUUGGUUCAAUCUUCCAAACAGGGCGCGACUCCAACAACACCCCGCACAGAAGGCCUGACUCAACUCUCCCGAGAUCCCAAAAUGCCUCAUAAGUCUCUCCAGCUGCUGGAUUUGCCUUUGGAUGUUCUGAAAGAGAUUAUCAAAGAGGUAACACAAAUCUACCCCGCAGAUCAUGAACUAAUAGCUAACAAGCUUGGUGUCCAAAAGGUGACCCAUACGACCGACCUGACCUCACUCGCUCUGACAUGCUCUGCCCUUCACUCACUAGCCAUUCCGCACAUGUAUUCCCGUUUUGAUAUCGUGUGGCCCGAAUCGCUGAAUCCAUCAACGGAUGAUUACUCGGGGGUGGAUGCUCUGUCUUAUGGCUUGUCUACAUUGGUCAUGGGAGAAGAUGUAUUCAAUAGACUACCCCUGUCCACAUUCGCCCAAGAUACAAAACCGUGUGUGAAUUGUGGUUGCGAUAAUUCUCAUCAUCAGCUGGACUCAGAUCCUGCGGACAACCGAGUCAGCGUCCGCUCGCGACGAGGCAAUCAUUAUGCGCAGCAUACCCGUACAUUCUCCAUCGGGAAUGGCCCGCUAAGCUGGGUACAAGAGUACUCAGUGACCAAAGAAGUGGGUAAGAUGUUAGGAACGCUGGUCGCCUUGGCGGUUGCACGGAUGGUGAAUCUGGAAGCCUUUGUUUGGGACAUGCCAACUGGAGUGGUUCGCGAAAUCUGGCUGGCGCUCGCCUCGUUAGCAGAUCGGCCAGGGCACAAUUGUCGCUUGGAACGUAUUUGGGUGCGCUGGCAUGAUAAUUCGGAGAAUGCUUUACGCAGUUCAUCGGGAGCAGCAACGAGACUUUUUCAGAAAUACAAACAUGUGGAGCAUCCUUCAUUGUCAGUGUUGCCUCCGCUCAAAAGUGUUGCUGUUCUUGACAUAGAUGAACCUGCGUAUGUGGAAGAGCUGGCACUCCUCAUUGAGCGGUCGCGCCGCCGUCUGACUGAACUUCGAAUCGGCAUUGCCCAUAAAGCCCAUAUGAAGGCGUGGCUUCGAUGUGGGAAGGACUCCGACGGCUCAUCGAGUUGGCCUAGAGCUGAUGGUGUUCUCGGAAUUCUGACACAGCGAAAUUCACACAAAAAGCAACACGAUGCUACAAUCAACUCUAUUGGCGAUAAAUCAUCGUCAUCAGAGAGUUUAAUUAACACCAUCUCGAAAUUGCCGACUCCCACCGAAAGCAUGGAUGCAUCUACUUCUAGUGCUGAACAGCGUCCUAGCAAUCCCAAGGACGAUAAGUACCAAGCAAGUUCUGGUUUGCUCAACCGGAAUGCCCGAUCACCCUUGCCUUGCUUUAACUCUGCCAGCGAAGUGCUUCAUUUAAAAUUACUUGAGCUGGAACGUGUGCCGCUUUCUGUGCCGACACUUCUACCGGCUGUUGACUGGACUGGCUUGACUACUCUCACCAUCAUGCGAUGCGAGGAUCAUGAAAAGCUUUGGAGGGCCCUCCGCCGGAAGUAUACCCCUCCUGCGAUGCCAACAAAACGCCCACAGGAUGCAGCGAGUAUCAACUCAGCUGAAUAUUCACUAAAUUUGAAACAUAUCCGCACAGACAGUGUUUCGCCAUAUCUCAUACUUUUUAUCAAGGAUGCGCUAGCUCCGAAUACACUGGAGAGUGUCUAUUUGCACGAAGCCCCAGGUCACGAAUCAACGGUGCAGAUUGAGGCUAUCUACAAACAUAUCUUACGAAAACACCGACAGAGUCUGCGAAAGGUCCUGAUUGACGCCACUGAUCGUAUUAUUGGUCCUGGAUUUUCUAGCACGCGAUGGCACAAAUGGAUGUUCAAUCACGAUAUGGUAUCAUUUGUCACGAGUGGAAAGAUGCCGCGGUUGAAGGAGCUAGGAAUGGCAAUGCACUAUCGCGAUUGGCAUUUCUUCCUCCAAAGGUUGCCGAAUAUGUCUCAGCUGCACGCUUUGUAUUUACCGCAAAUCCACCAUCCUGUUCAUCACGACUUGAAAGAGCUUGCACUACAGGUUCUGGAUAUUGUCAGCAUACGUCCAGAUCUCAAAGUUGCCUAUAUUGGUCUCCACGUCAAGUGCUACCAGAUUCUCGAGGCAAGAUAUGACGAUAACCCACUUGAAUUUGAUGAUUACCCUACGGUCGAUCAAUCUUCGACGCAUAGCGACGAUGAGGAUGCAGAGUGGACCAAUCCCAACCACGAAUCUGAUGAAGACAGCCAGGCUCCCGAUGAAGAGGCUUCAGGGGCAGCUGACACAGACCUUCUUUCCAGUGAUCCGGACGACUACGACACCGAGCCUGACGAAGAUCAGGGUAGCUCACGAAUCCGAUACCGGUUGCAGGAAAUUCUAUUUUACGAUGAAAAGGUAUCUAUUUUUAAGGCGCGCCAUGGUGUUUUGUGA